AUGACUUUAACCGGAAGCUGCAUGUGUGGCGGUGUCACUUACGCCGUUGAAGCUGACACGUAUCUGGCCGCCCUGUGCCAUUGCACCGACUGCCAGAAGUGGUCUGGUAGUGCAUUUACCGCCAAUGCAGUCGUUCCCCGCACUAGCAUGAAAGUGACAAAGGGCACUCCCAAUUCCUACGAUGCAAUUGGAAACAGUGGCAAAAUCAAUAAGCAUUUCUUCUGCCCUACCUGCGGCUCAAGCCUCUACACAGAGCUGGAGAUCAUGCCCGACAUGACUUGCAUUAAGGCCGGAACCCUGGACGGCGGCGAGGCUAAUCUGAAGGGAAAUGUUGAGGUCGAAUUCUAUGUUAAGGAUCGUCUCACUUACCUAGCUGCUGUUGAGGGCGCUAAGCAGGAGCAAUUGCUUGGUUGA